GUCUCGAUGGAAGUGGUAUCAGCCUGGGCCCCAGCAGUGGGUUUCACACUCCUGCCCCAUGCAGGAGGAUUUCUAGGAGGCACGAUAACCAAAAAGGAAAUCCCACUGUGGUACAAAUCUCUGCAGAAGCCAUCCUGGUGUCCACCUAACUGGGUCUUUGCUCCUGUUUGGGGAACUCUCUACACAUCUAUGGGGUACGGCUCCUACCUGGUGUGGAAGGAACUGGGGGGCUUCAACAAAACCUCGGUGGUGCCUCUGGGUCUGUAUGCAGGGCAGCUGGCACUAAACUGGGUAUGGACUCCAGUAUUCUUUGGAGCUCACAAAAUGGGAUGGGGGUUGGUGACGCUCCUGCUCACGACUGGCACGGCCACCGCCACAGCUGCUUCCUGGUAUAACGUCAACAGAACGGCGGGGUUUCUGAUGGUUCCUUUCUUCACUUGGCUUUUUUUUUGUUUAGCCAUGGCUUCUGCCCUCAAUUACCGUAUCUGGAAGGACAAUCGCAACAAGAAACAAUCUGAAUAA